UCCGUCCGCUCCGGACGGGAACGGUGUGAACGCGCCCCUGGGUGCGUGGGGGCCUGGGGCGGGAAGCCCGGGCUCCCGGCAGGGUCAGCGGCGGACGGCGCGCUCCCGGGCGCUGCCCCUGGCCGGCCGGCAGCCUCCCGGGAUGGAGCAGACGCGGGGUGGCAGCCGCGACCGCAGCAGCCGCGGCCGAGCUCUCCCCGCCUCGGCGCUGCUGGCCGGGUCCCCCGCGGCCCCGUCGCCGGCUCUGCCUCUGCCGCCGGGGAUCGCGGCGCCCUCUGCUUUCCUGCGGCCGCCCGGCCUCUUCCUGCGAGGAAGCGCAGGCUGCGCGCCGGCGCCCGGGCUGGAGAGGGCGCUGGGCUGCGGAUACCCGCGGACGCCCAAGUGCGCGCGCUGUCGCAACCACGGCGUGGUGUCCGCGCUCAAGGGCCACAAGCGCUUCUGCCGCUGGCGGGACUGCGCGUGUGCCAAGUGCACUCUGAUCGCCGAGCGCCAGCGUGUCAUGGCCGCGCAGGUGGCGCUUCGCCGGCAGCAAGCCCAGGAGGAGAGCGAGGCGCGCGGGCUGCAGGGGCUGCUGCGCUCCGGGCCCGGCGCGCGGGCGGCGGAGGGCGGCGGCACCGGCAGGCCCCGAGUUGCCGCCCCGGACGCCCUGCGACCCGCGAAUGCUCCGGGGACCUCUGCUUUCGAAAUCGUCCAGCAAGAUUUUGCAGAGGAAAAAGAACAAAAAGAGAGUGAAUGUGACUCGGGCCACAGUGGACAAGAAGAACGAAUCUCCAAAUCCCAUCAAUUUUCUCUGGGAUCAGCUCCUAAGUCUAAGGGUGUCAUUGGGAAACAGAGUCUCAGGUCAACUACCUCAGCACACUCGAAUAAGGCUGAUGGGGUCCUGUCUUCUUACCCAGGAGAGCAAUCAGGAGGCGAAGACAGUCCCGGGUCCUUAUCAUCUUCUGAUUUGGAGUCCGGAAAUGAGAGUGAGUGGACCAAGGACUGCGUUGCUACCAGAGUCAGGUUUCCCAUGGUGUCCUCACGGCCAAGAGAUCCCCUUGAUAUUCUUACCAAGAUCUUUCCAAGCUACAGGCGUAGCCAGCUGGAAGGCAUUCUGCAGCUCUGCAAAGGAGAUGUGGUCCAAGCCAUCGAACAGGUCUUAAAUGGGAAGGGACCUGAGCUGGACACUCGGGACCUGGUGCACUCUGAAGACUUGGAAAAUGCAUCCUUUCAGACAGCUUCGAAUUUUAAUCUAGCUGGAAUUGGUUUUGGAACUCUUGGUAACAAAUCAGCUUUUUCUCCACUUCAGACCACACCUGUUUCUUACAGAGGUGAUUCAAGUCUCGAAAGCUUAAAUCCUAGACUAGCUGUUAGUCCAUUGCGGUUGGCAUAUUCUUCUCCAGGAAGAGGGCUAACAGGUUUUAUGUCGCCAUACCUAACGCCUGGGUUGGUUCCAGCAUUGCCUUUUCAGCCAGUUUUGGAUUAUGCCUUUUCAGGGAUUAUUAGGGAUUAUUCCUGCCUUCCUAGUAAAAACUCAGUAACCGGCGGCAGACUACUUAUCAGGUCUAGUCAGGACAGUCUGUAAUGUAUUCUCCCAGUGUUUGUAGAAUUGUACUACACACACAGACACACACAACGCAUCUCUUAAUAUAUGUCAGAAAUUUCAUUCACAUUUGGGGAAGUACCUCUUUCCACAGAUGUAAAUGAAAUACUAGCCCUUAAAAAUUCUAUUUUUCUAAACAAGCAUUGUAAAAAACUAGGUUUAAAGACUCUUGCACUUAUUAAGUGAAAGAAGCAUUUGAACAUUUUAUGUGCCUUGAAUAAAGCUGUUUUAGGAAAAAUUUUAUUUAAUAACUUUUUGGCCUAAAUUAUCAUCUAUAAAGUUCCUAUUUUAAAACUAUACUUUUUAUUUUAGAGAAAAGUGGGACUUAUAGCUGUAACAAGCUUAUUGUUGUAAAGAGUAAUUCACCAUAAUAUAAAAUGAACCAAGAAGAAACAUUAAAAACAUGAAUAAAUCCCAAGUGAUGAUUUUUUAAACUUCCUCUUUUGUUCCUGCUUAGGACAAAAAUGUUAAUAUUUUAUAUUUUCAGAGAAGUGAUCAGUAGUAAGUAAACAUUUUGAGAAAUUUGAAGUUCUCAUGUGUUUUGAGUUUUGUAUUUUUUACUGUUAGCUACCGUUUGCAAAAACCAAUAUGAAAUAUAAAAAUUCUCUUUAAUUACACAAAGGCCUAUUAAAUAAAUUUUAGGAAAUGAGACUGCGCCAUCUUCUGGCCACUAUCAUUAAUUGCAACUCAGUUUCCCAGAGUGAAUUAGAAAUGCAAUUGCUUUCUAAAAGUAUAAACUAACCAUGUUGGAAAUGAUCAUUUUGAAUCAUUAUGCAUUAAAAUUUUCAUAUUGUAAAGUACAUUUCUAUUGUGGGUGAUUUUACUGUUUUAAGUGUGCUGAUGCCUGUAUCUAGUGAAAUAUCCCUUCCCCCACAUCUCUGAGACAAGAAUAUGGCACUCUCCUCAAAGGUAAAGAUGAUUUUGUGCAAAAAAAUGCCUUCUCACACAAAAUAUUGAUUGAUUCUAUAUAGAUGAUGCUAAAUGCAUUGAGGACAGCUAAGAUUUCCACAGGGAAAAAUUGCCAUUAAAAUUUAGAGGUAUUCUGGAGGUUUUAAAAUUGCAUUUUGUUCCCCAUCUGGAUCACUUGAAAGCUAUUUAUUUCAGUCAGUACAAAGUCCCUGAGGAAACUGCUUACAAAACAAUUUGAGGAAGUUUUCUUUAUGUGUCAUCAUUUUGGUAAAGACAGUAACUUCAUUGUUAUUGUUAAGAAUAAACAAAAACCCAGCUGUGGUAUGAAUUAGAGAUAUUUUAAACUAUUUGAGCAGCAUGAUUCACUAAAGAGUUCCUUAAUUGUAUAUAUACACUCACAUACACACACACACACACACACACACACAUAUAUAUAUAUAUAUGCACACGUCUGUGUAUAUAGAUAUACACUAAAUUCCUACCAGUUUUAUCAUUAUGAAGUCUUUAUGGUGGAAGCCAAUAGGAAUAUAUAUAUAUAUAUAUAUAUAUAUAUAUAUAUAUAUAUACAUAUAUAUAAAAUAAACUUUACCAGCAAAUGAAUUACUAUACUGUAUCUGAUGUGGUUUCAAGAUGCAAAUAUGUUUAAUGGUUAUGCAUUACUUUCAAUUAUGUGAAUAUGAGAAAUAAGAUGCAUUCACUACUCAAUUAUUAUAUAAAGCAUUUUAGAAUCUGAACCUAAACUCUAUUACAAUGCCUGGCAAAAAGUUGACAUUCAAUUAAUGUAUACUACAUGAAAUGAUUUUGAAAAAUUGAUCUCUUUAAGACUUUGAUAAAACCAAAAACUCUAUAAAAUGGCCCACAGAAGUGUACUUCCAUAUACAAUUUAGUCAAAUUCAUGUUAGAAUCUUUCAUGAUUCUUAAAUUGUUUUCCAGUACAUGAAUUCAUUUAUUAAAUGCCAUUUUUUGAAAGGCACUAGAUCCUAUACCGAACAUCAAAUGAAAAUGUUUUCCUCUAAAAUAAGUUACAUUGUAUGGAAGAGAUCUGUGUUGAAAACAGGUCUAGAAUUGAUGGAUACUUCUGUGAUUUACAUAAUGAUGUGCAUGUAUUCAUUGGGAAUACUGAAUUGCUUUUGAUCUAAGAAGCUGAACAGCCAUUUUUAAGCAUAAUUUUAAUCUUAUGUAUUAAUUUAUAUGAUACUUUUCUAUACCCCUUAUAAUAUUUUUAGGAUUUAAGUAGUCUUAGAAUAGACCAUUUGCCAACCAGGAUAUAGAAUGUGAGAAAAUUGAAACUCAGCAUUGGUGCUGUCCAGGCCCAAAUUUAAUUCUAUGACUCAUCAAGAGAGAUUUUUCUUAUUUCGGCAAUUUCAGAUUAUUAGAUCUAAGGAUGAAUUUGUGUAUGUUGUGUAUCUUCAAGCUCUGUAUAGUGUCUGACCAAUAAUAGGUGCUCAAAUAAUAUUAUUUACUUACUGAAGUAAUGAUCAAACAGUAUUGUAUUAAGAAUUAACUCAUUUAACACCUAUUAAAGUGCCUCCUUUCUGUAUGCACUGAACUACACAAAAGGGUAGUUAAGAUACAAGACCUAGCCUCAAGUUGCUCACAGUCUAUUUCCAUGUGUGCAAAAAGCAACCAACAAACCAACUUUGGCACCAUUUGACAAUAUUGGCAUUCUAGUGAGUUCUUUGUAUAGUGAAUUCUUGACAUUUAUGGCCAUGGAUACUGCUUGAAAGCUGAAAUCCUAAGACACUAACUAGGUGGAAAGGAAGAGGGUCAAACAGUAUAAGCUAUACUGUAUGACCCAGAUGAUUUGGGUUUACUCCAUAUAGAAUCACUGUGGACAGAUGAUUCAGAACAAAACAAAACAAAAGAUUUUUAUUCAUGAUUAACAAGCGACGAACAGUGGUGUGGCUACCUUGUAGGUUAAUCCUCUUCUUAUUGAAAAUACCAUGUAGAAAAUGCCACUUAGAGACCUGGUUGAUGGGACCCUCCUUACUGCUUUAGUGUUGGUAUAGAAUCAUUUACAAGCUAAUCAGAAAUAUGGUAAAUAUGUGCUAAAUAAAUGGAUGAAUACAUUUUAAUUCUAAGACCAUACAAAUAAAAACAGCCAUUAUUUGUCAGUAAAA